AUGGGCUGCGGGACCUCGAUCUCCACUGAACCUCAGGGGAGGGUCAUGGAGACAGCUAUGAAGGCAGCCAUCCUGAUCCAGGGCUGGUACCGACGCUACAUGGCCCGUCUGGAGAUGAGACGCAGGUACACCUGGAGCAUCUUCCAGUCCAUCGAGUACGCUGGGGAGCAGGACCAGCUACAGCUCUCCAGUUUCUUCAGCUUCAUGCUGGACAACUUCACGCAUCUUAACGGCAGCGGGCCAGACCUGAUCUCCCAGCUGCUAGACCCCGUGGUGGACCCCUGGCUGGGCAGGGAGACGUGCUACGAGCUGAUCCCCGUCGCAGAGUCCUACAGCGGGCCACGCAUCUCCUUCCCGCUCUCCGUAUCCCACACCAACAGCCUCGUCAACGCCUUCAAGGAGCACCAGACUCUCCAUGCCAGGUAUGCUCUGCAGUUGCUAUGGGAGACCAAAAAGCUGCUCAAGCAGAUGCCAAACAUCGUCCACAUGUCUACGUCCUACGCCAAGGAAAUCACCAUAUGUGGUGAUCUGCACGGACACCUGGAUGACCUCCUCCUCAUAUUUUAUAAGAACGGGCUUCCUUCUGCUGAAACACCGUACGUGUUCAACGGGGACUUUGUGGACCGGGGGAAGCAGUCGACCGAGGUGGUCUUGAUCCUGUUCGCUUACCUGCUGCUGUAUCCCAACCACAUGCACCUGAACCGGGGCAACCAUGAAGACCACAUCAUGAACCUCAGAUAUGGAUUCACCAAAGAAGUUAUGCAGAAGUACAAGACCCACGGCCGAGAGAUUCUCCAGCUCUUCCAGGAUGUCUUCAGCCUUCUGCCCAUCGCCACAGUGAUCGACAGCAAGGUUCUGAUUGUUCACGGAGGAAUCUCGGACCAAACGGACCUGGACUUCCUCAACUCCAUAGAGAGGCAGAAGGUGAAGUCGGCCCUGCGGCUGCCCAGACGCAGCCUGGAGGAGCCGGACGUGAGCCGGCCCUACAAGCAGGCACACGGCCCCCGUCCCGGCAGCAGCCACAGCCACCUGCAGCGGCCCCGGGCCCAGACCAAGAGGAAGCGGCACCGUGGCCUCAGCCGCCAGGACAGCGGCUCCUCCUCCUCCUCCUCCUCCUCCUCCUCUUCCUCCUCGCUGUGCUCCUCGAGGACCCCCUCCUGCCUCUCCCCGCGGCCCUGCUCCUCGCCCCCCCCCCCCACCGUGCCCUUCUCCGUCGACGGCCUCCAGGUUCCCUUCCUGGACUCCCUGGCCUCCCUGCCUCCCCCCUCCCCCCCCCGGGUGGAGCGGGAGUGGAAACAGAUGGUGGACGUGCUGUGGAGCGACCCCAAGCCGCAGGACGGCUGCACCCCCAACACCUUCCGGGGCGGGGGCUGCUACUACGGGCCGGACGUCACCCAGCGCCUGCUGCGUCACCACGGCUACCAGCUGCUCAUCCGCUCGCACGAGUGCAAGCAGGAGGGCUACGAGAUCUGCCACGGCGGAAACGUGAUCACCAUCUUCUCAGCCUCUAACUACUACGAGGAGGGCAGUAACCGGGGGGCCUACGUGAAGCUGGGCCAGGACCUGCUGCCCCGGUUCUACCAGUACCAGGUCAGCCGGACCACCCGCAAGCUCACCCUCACCCAGAGGGUGAGGGCAGCAGAAGGCUCAGCUCUGAGAGCUCUCCAGGAGAAGUUGUUCUCUCACCGCUCUGAGCUGCUCACUGGAUUCCUGCCCUUCGACCACAACAACACAGGCUUUGUGUCGGUCAGCGAGUGGGCCCAGGUCCUGGAGACGGUGCUGAGGCUGGAUCUCCCCUGGAGGACCCUGCGGCCCCACCUGGCCCGCCUGGCUCCCGACGGCAGCGUGGAGUACCUGUCCUGCUUCGACUACAUGGGCCCCGGGCUCCACCUUCCCCAGGUGACACCAAACCUGGCGGAGACUCUGGUCCGAUACCGGACAGACCUGGAGCUCAUCUUCAACAUCAUAGACAAAGAUCAUUCAGGUCUUAUCUCCCUGGACGAGUUCCGCCACACCUGGCGUCUCUUCAGCGGUCACCUGGGCGUCGCCCUCGACGACGGGGCAAUCGACGCCCUGGCGCGAAGCAUCGACUUCAACAAGGACGGCAGCAUCGACUUCACCGAGUUCCUGGAGGCCUUCAGAGUAGUGCACAAACUGGACAAGGACCACUAACCAGCAAGAGAUACCAACUAGACAACAUGGAGCGCUUACCAGCCAGAGACUAACUAGGAUACUAACUAGACCACAAGGACCACUAACCAGCCAGAGACACAAACUAGACCACAAGGAUCACUAACCAGCAAGAGAUAGAGAGUAACUAGACAACAAGGACCACUAACCAGCUAGAGAGAGUAACUAGACAACAAGGACCACUUAUAGUUGACAAUGGUGCAUGCGUAGUUAGAAUUUGUACACCUUUAGAAAUGUAGUAUUGUUAAUAUAACCAUUCAAAUUGAAUAAUUACCACCAAAGUAUGUAAUCUUGACAAUGGUUCUUUCAAAUCUCAGCCACACAUUUGGACAGAUGUUUUUAUUUAAUGACCAAACACAACCCCAGUACAAGAUAUUCAUAAAAAAAUAUUAACCUAUAUAUGGUUAUGUUAAAUACACAUUUAAUCUGCAUUAUCAUAAAUAUUAGCAUAUGUCGGAACCUUAUAUGUAUUACAGUAUAUUAAACUAUUAUAUUCUGCAUUGAAGGAUAAAAUAUCAAACUAACAUGGUCUAUUGUUUUAUCAAGUUUCCUUCAGGUUACAAAGGUACUACUUAAGAUUCACCUAGCCGGCACCUUGCUCAUGAGCCAUGGCAGUAGGAUUAGACCACUGGCCAGAAUAGUCAUUCUCUGCUCUUA